AUGGCUGAUGCAAACAACAAGCGUACUAUCAACACGGCGGCGUGUUUGAUUAUCGGUGAUGAGGUUUUGGGUGGAAAGACCGUCGACACCAACAGCGCCUACCUCGCUAAAUUCUGCUUCUCGCUGGGUAUAAACCUCAAACGCAUCGAAGUAAUCGGCGACGAGGAAUCAGAAAUCAUCGAAGCAGUCCGCCGCAUGUCCUCUUCCUACGACUUCGUAGUCACCUCCGGCGGCAUCGGUCCCACUCACGACGACAUUACCUACCAAAGCAUUGCGAACGCUUUCGACCUGCCUUUGGUGCUUCAUGAGGAUACGUUUUCUCGCAUGAAGAAGUUGAGUAGACCUCAUCCUGGUCAGCCCAACUUCAACUGGGAGACUCCGAGCCCGGCGCUGGAAGCAAAGAAACGAAUGGUGAUUCUGCCUCAUGAUGAGAAGCUGCCUAGUGAGCAGCAAGUCAUCUUUACAGCUGAAGAUCUUUGGGUUCCCGUGGCUGUGGUCAAUGGAAACGUGCACAUCUUACCUGGAGUACCCAGACUGUUUGAGCGCAUGCUCACUGGACUCAAGCCAAGUCUGCUGCCUAGAUUGACCGAUCCCGAAGGCAAAGGCGUUUAUCGAAUUAUUAUUUCGACGCCGCUGCCCGAGAGUGGUGUGGCUUCUUACUUGACUGAGUUGGCCAAGAAGGUUGAGCCUGAGGGUAUCAAGGUUGGAAGUUACCCAAGAUGGGGCAAGGCGAGAAACACAGUCACGCUCGUUGGCAGAAACAAGGAGUACAUGGACAGCCUGGUCCCAGAGGUCGAGAAGGGUGUUCAAGGCAAGCGUGUCACCAAGGAAGGCGAAGACGACGUUGAUGGCGAGUCGGACAAGGACACUUGA